UUCUCUACGCUACCUUGCUGAUACGUGUGGCGGACGGUCCUAUCUGGAAGAGGAUGUUCAGCAUGUACCAAGAGAACUGCCAGGAGAGUUGGUGGAUUAACCUGCUGUACAUUAGCAACUAUGUGGUUCCUUACAGCACUGUGAGUUGUUUAUCAAUAUACAUUGUGACAGGUUGACUCCACCAGUGUUGUUGGUAUCUAUUCUCUACGCUACCUUGCUGAUACGUGUGGCGGACGGUCCUAUCUGGAAGAGGAUGUUCAGCAUGUACCAAGAGAACUGCCAGGAGAGUUGGUGGAUUAACCUGCUGUACAUUAGCAACUAUGUCCCUUAUAGCACUUGUUUGCCAUGGACAUGGUAUGUGUCAGCUGACUUCCAGCUACAUGUCCUCUCUCCUCUUCUGCUCCUACUGAUAUACAAAGAUAGAACUCGAGGGUUUCUUCUUGCAGCCUUCAUCAUCUUGGUCUCAAUCGCUGGAGCGUUGGCCUUCUACUUUUGGUACGAAAUACCAGCCGGUGGAAUUGCCCAGAGAGACCAGUCACACCAGAAGAUAACACUCGUACAACAUGUCCAAACCCAAUUCAGACUGGCAUUAUUCAUCGUAGGUCUGUGUCUUGGCAACCUCUUGUUCAGGAUCAAACAAAACCAGUUGAAAAUUAAGCUAUCAAAGCCGCAGCUGUUGGUGGGGUGGACGGUGGCGGUGCUCUUGAUCCUAAGCACCGUCUUGUCCACCAGCAUAUUCGACGAUCCCCAGUACGUGCACAUUCCCUGGCUGGACUCAGUCUACCAUGUCUGGAGCCGGCAAGCCGUCGGCCUAGGAGUCACCUGGGUCAUCCUUGUCUGCACAAUCGGCAGUGGAGGUAUAAUUGAUAAAAUACUGUCGUGGAAAGCGUUGAUUCCUCUGUCGCGUCUCACGUACUGUGUGUACCUGCUGCACUUCUUCGUGCAACAACUCCAGAUCUACAGGACAAGAACUAGUGUCACAGUUGACACCUUUGACAUUUGGUACUUGUUCUUCUCUGAUGUCUUCAUCAGUUAUAUCCUUGCCACUUUCUUGUACCUGGGCGUGGAAGCCCCUGUCAGCAAUAUCUUCAACAAUUUAUUCAAAGACUCGCAAACGUCGACCGAGAAGAGCCAGAAUGUUGUGAUGUCUGCAAUAACAAAUCCAUGAUGAAGAUAUCCUCCACAUCUUCAGAAACACUUCAUCUCAUCUUAAAGACUUUUAGAAUAAUAUCAAAUGGGUGUUAUGUGUUAAGUAAACUAAUGAUAACAACAUGUUAACAACAUGAUAACAAC